UGUCAGUGUCAAAGCGAACAUUUGACAAUCCAUUCGCUUUGUUCAUCGGUUAAGUGCGUGUGGCCAGUGUGUUCGCCCUUUCAUUAUCGCUGCGCUAAAGGACUCAGUCAUUAUGGCUACCGUAUCAGGUAAAAAGGGUAAAAAGACGAAGAAGAACAAGCUUUCGUUAGGCGAGUUCCUUACCGAUGGCAAUACGGGCGCGCUGAACCAGGUGCAGAUCUCUGUCCCGGUCAAACUGAGCGGCGACUGGGGCGAUGAUGUGGACGAUGAUGAUGACGAUCGUUCGGUGCGUACGCAGGUUAUCGCCUUGCCGACGGCACCGCGGGCUACCCGCAUCAUGAACGAUGACUCGAUUCCGCAUCAUCCGCCUUUUUCGAUCUACGUCUCGAACCUACCGUACGAUAUCAACGAUGAAGAUCUGUACGACUUCUUUCCCGGUAUGGACAUCGUUUCGAUGUCGCUGCCGCGCGACGAUGGCGAUUCGCGUCGGCUGCGUGGCUUCGGUAACAUCGAGUUUGCUUCACGCAAUGAUCUGAUCAAUGUGCUGGCCAUGCCCGAACCGAUCAUCCGCAACCGGCGCAUCCGCAUCGGGCUGUACAACGAAAAUGACACGAAGCGCCGCAACAACCGUUAUGACAAUUUCGGUGGUGGCGAUUCGGACCGCGGUGGAUCGGACAAUUGGCGCGAUCGGCCGGAGGGCAGCGGCAGUAGCGGUUAUGGUUCCCGCAGCUCCGACGGUGGUAGCAGUAGCGGUGGAAUGCGCCGCUAUAACAACUACAAUCGGGAUCGUGAAGAGCAACGCGAACGUCCCGACUCGGGUGGUAACUGGCGAUCCGGAGAUCGGCCUGCGGUGACAGCAGCGCCCGUUUCGCCGAACGCAUACAGGCGCUUCGGUGGCGGCGUAGGAGGAGCAGGUGGUGAUCGUGAUCGUGAUCGUGACCGCGACCGAGACCGUGACGGUGGGUUCAUGCGCCGUAAUGUAGAUCGGGCACCGCGCCGUGACCCCGACGUACCGAUGGAGCGGCCAAAGCUAGUGCUGCAGCCAAGAACGUUGCCAAUCCCGGAGCGACCGAAGCCGAGUUCCAUCGAUGGCGAUGCAGAGGAGAACGACGGAGAUGAUGAUACCAGCAGGCGUAAUGGCGAAGAACCGGAGUUGUCGUCCGAGCCACGUCCAAAACCGACCCCGGUACCGGCGGCCAAGGUGUUUGGUGCUGCAAAACCGGUUGACACGGCCGCCAGAGAGCGCGAAAUUGAAGAGCGUCUGCAAGAGGAGGAGCGAAAGGUGCGCGAAGAGCGCCAGCGCAAACGAGCGGAGGCUGCUGCAGCUGCUGGUGAGGAUGGCGCUGGGGCCGACAAUGAGCCGGACAAAGAGAAUGUUACUACACAGAACAGCAAGAAUAAAUCAGGCAAUGGAGAUGGUGGUGGUGCACCGGAGCAGAUCAUUAGCUGGCGUGUACGGAACACCGACGACGAAAAAGGUCAGCCCACGCGCACUCAGUCACCGACGCAAACACCCAAUUUUAGCAUAAAGCAUAACAAUAGACGUACGGAUGAACGCAAAACGGAUAAUCACCGAGACCAGAGGGGAGAUAGUCGUCCAAUAUAUCGCAACACUGCCGGAUAUCAACGCAAUUCCAGUGGCCACGAUGGCACGUUGGCCGGUAAUGAUGCGCCAGACGCUGGGACGAAACAUGCGCAACCUAAGGAGCGUGAUGUGAAAAUGGAAGACCGUAUGCCUAAAUUCCACGAGCCUAUAGGACCAAACCUUUCCGUAAACAACACGUUCGAAGGACUGUCGGCUGAUGAUGAUGAUAUUGGGGACUGAAACAAUACCAAAACCACCACCAACACCACUUCUUACGCUCAGUGUAUCUAUCAGCAGAAAUCGCAGUUUUUCUUAUUAUUUUUUUUUGUUGUAAUGCUUCUAUUUCUUUGAUACAUCUUCUUCUUAACCUUGUGUUUUGGUACCACCGUUACGUCUUCCUAUAUCGCCUCCAAUAACGCCAACGGCCACUCUAAGACGCAAUUACGCAAACACAUCUAUACACUAUCAUAGCAAAACACAAAACAAACACAGUACUGUCAAUGAGGCGAAGAAGGAAGAAAGGUUAACAAAUUGGGAAAAAAAUUAAUUAUUUUCAGCGCUUUAUUAUAAAUUGUAAAGCGCCCAGAACAAACGAUUACACGUGUCAUCUGUUCAAGACAUUAUGCAAAAAUGGUGACUAUUCGGCUUUAUAAGAAACGUAAAAUAAACGAGUCGUCGGACCCCUCUUCGCCCAGUCACGGGAGAACGAUGGUGACCUGAAGAAGACUGCCUUUCCUUUCCUUUUCUCCUUUCAGCAUAACGCAUGAUCCUGUACCGUUGAACGAAACGAAAACCAUUCGCAAUGUAAUGUGAAAAGGAAGGUAUACUCUCCAUGUUCCCGUUGGAUAGUGAUCAAAGGAUGCGGUAUUGAGUGAUUGAAAGUAGCGUUAGCGUAAGGUAUUGUCAAACUAAUCGAUUCAGAUAUCUUCGUAACAAAUUGUAGGUAACAGCAGCAUCAAUGGAAUGCCUCUAGUGUAAAGGCAUUGAUAUGUGUAUUGCGCGAACAGCUCCAGGUUUCAAUUCGUCAUGCUGGGGCUAUUUUCUAGAGUCUAAUUUUAAUAAGAAACUGCGCGGACUCGGUUCGUGUGUAAAACCGCCAGUUAGAAUCAUGUUUUAUCAAUAGCAAGGGGGUGGGUUUUGCUUAUUUCCGGAUAGGAGGCGAGAGAUUCGUCAAAAACAAUUAUUAAAACGAGUUGUUAAACGCCCUGCUGUGGCCAGAAUAAUAAGUGAGAUCAAGUUCAACGAAAGGGAAGUUGGACAGGGCAAUUAGGGUUGAUGAUUGUUGUAGCAUACUUUUUUGUUUUCCAAUUUGCCUCUUUCGUUGCGUUCGUAACUGGAAUAAUAAAUUAAUCUUGGUUUUCUUCCUAAUGA